AUGUCAGAGACUACUUUUUUUUUCAAAUCUAAUAUUGGUGAGGCAUCAGAAAGAGUACAAGACAGUUUACAAAAUACCUCUGAUAAGAUACAGGUUAUGUACAAAAAUGUCAAAGACAAUGUAUCAUUUUUUUUGCAUGAGGCCGGGGAGAGAGCAGACAAGAUAAGAAAGGCAAUGAUUGAUUUUUUUCGCUCAGGCUGGUAUUUAUUAUUUUUUUUGGAGCUACCUCAUUGGCUGAUUUUUUUUGAAUAUCUCUCUGAUAGUCAUUUUUUUCCAUUGUUUUCAUUCAAAUCAUUUUUUUAAAGCAUAUUCAAAAUACACACAGAAACAGGAAAUAUCUGGACACACUUUUUUUUUUGCCUGUUAUUCAUUGCUCUUUUUUUUUACUUCUAUUUGAGACCRAUAAUUUUUUUUAACCCGUUUCCAAAUGACUGGUCAGAAAAGCUGGUCUUUGGUGCUUUCUUCACUGGUGCUAUUCUGUGUCUUGCAUUUUUUUUAAUCUUUCACACAGUGUACUGUUUUUUUCAUAAUGUCUCAAAGAUAUUUUCUAGGUUGGACUAUUCUUUUUUUUCUUUACUUAUAAUGGGUUCAUUUAUACCACCACUAUAUUACGGAUUCUAUUUUUUUAAGACAACACGUCUGGUGUACUUUUUUUUAGUUACUGCUCUUGGUUUGUUUUUUUUCUUUGUGUCUCUGUAUCCAAAUUUUUUUACACCCAAGUUUAGAUGUCUAUUUUUUUGUGUGUUUCUGACGUUUGGUUGCUCAGGAAUUGUUCCUGCCAUACACUUUAUAGCUGCCCAUGGUAUUUCUGUAGCUCAUCGUCAGGCAUCUGUUGGCUGGAUGGCAUUAAUGGGAGUCUUGUAUAUAUUAGGCACUAUUGCCUAUGCAUCUAGGGUACCCGAGAGAUUUUUCCCUGGAAGGUUCAAUAUAUGGUUCCAAAGCCAUCAGAUAUUCCAUGUCUUGGUUGUUGCUGCAGCAUUGGUUCACUUGUAUGGUAUAUGUCAAAUGGCUUACUAUAGAUUCUCCAUUGGUACAGAGUGUAACUGAUGUCUUUAUUCUAGCUGAUUAAUUAAGUUCUCAUUAUUUAGAAUAUGUAAAAUAGGUUUGGCUGUUUCAUAAGUGUAUUCAAAAAACAAACAGAUAAAACAAGAGGACUUGUUACUGGACUUACUUAAGUUACUUGUUACKUACUGUUCUGUCUCAUGCCAAGUGCAGGUUUCUGAAAUGACUUCUCAUAUGAAGUACCACUAAAAUACAGAGAAUCAACAAGUGUGAUGCAAGUCUAUGUGACACAUUUAUCCUUUCACAGUCACACCAGCAAUAUUUUGUUUAUUUCUCAUUAAUUCUGUAAUGUGAGGAUUUUAUUAGAAAAUUAUUAGUAGGAUUGUCUGUAUAAAAUGCACAGAAAGGAAAUGGAAAGAUUUCCUCAAGCAUGUAAAAAAACUUUAAUAAUACUUGGCUCCCUGAGGAGUCAAGUAACAGUAGACCUAAUGGGCUUGCUCCCUGAGGAGUCAAGUAACAGUAGACCUAAUGGGCUUGCUCCCUGAGGAGUCAAGUAACAGUAGACCUAAUGGGCUUGCUCCCUGAGGAGUCAAGUAACAGUAGACCUAAUGGGCUUGCUCCCUGAGGAGUCAAGUAACAGUAGACCUAAUGGGCUUAUGUAUUCAUCUAAGGUAAUGUGUGUUUUAAUAAAUAUAAAUUACUUGGGAGGAGGACAGUACAUCAGCUCAUUAGUACUAUUAGGAGUUAGUAUAAACAUACUAAUGGUCUAUCACUCAUACUGCGCUGUGAUUGGCUACUCUACUAAUGGUCUAAUUUGUGAUAGACCACUCGCAGGAAAAUCAAUCUCAUUAAUAAAUUAUUUUAAGGAUAUUGUAAGGAUAUUUCAAUUUGUUUUCAUUAUUURACCGAUUAGUAUGUUUAUACUAAAACAAUUAGACCUCUCGGCCUCGURGACUACGAGCUAAUAKCCCAUUCGGCCUCGCGGACUCGGCCUCAUGGGCUAUUAGCUCGUAGUCCACUCGACCYCGAGGUCUAAUUGUUAAUUAGUCAAAUGUACAUAUGUUAGAUAUUUAUCUAUUGGGGGUCUAUUAAUAUGGUACAAUUAAAGACUUACAUGCAUCUGAGAGUCUUAUCAUGAUUCUUGCUUAUGACAAAUCAUCAUUUUUUGGAUCUUUGAUUUUUAACCCAUCAGAAGCAAUUGAUUUUCAACCACAGAUCAUUUUUAAAACAAAACAAAAUUAGUUUAAAAAUUUASUUUUGUUUUAAUGAUUGGAAAGGUUGUUGGAUGCAAGUGGGCCAUAUACUAAUCUCAGGUCAGCUAAUAUGGGAAUAAUAUUACAAUACAAUUACAGAACAAGCUUAGCUUUACUUAUAAUUUAUUAGUUUUCUUUCAAUGGAUUUCCUAUUUUGAUGGCCAAGGAUUGCCUGAAAAACAUGAUACUCMAGAUCAAACUAAAGCUGUUGAUCUUUUCUUUCUGUGCAAAAGGGACAAUAGAAAGUGUGAAAAGCAUUCUGCUACUUAUUGGAUGUCAUCAUUCAACAGCUACAUUUUUUUAUUGUGCAAGAUGUUAUUGUGCAAUAAGUAUUGGUAUUUCUGCAUGAACAACAGUAGUUAUUUAGUCUAUCAUUUUUUGAACCAAUAAAAUUGUUGAAGACUUACAUCUACUGAAGAAUAAAACACUGCAGAUUUUCCUUUGUCUGUGAUGUCAAUUUAGUGUUAAAAUAUUCACCAAAUGUGGGACUAUUUUUGUUCUUUUACUAAUAUUAUAAUUACCAACUAGUCUAGGAAAAUACAGCCUUUUGCAAAAAUUAUGAGAAUUGUUGAAAUAUCUAAAUAUCAUAAUAUCAAGUGCAUGAUGGGUAAUCCCGCUCGAUGCCCUUAGACCAUUGUUUUUGUAGUUUAGGUACUAUUUUUGGCAACGGACUGAUCCGUAGUUCUGAACAUUUUCUCGAUGUCAACAAUGAAUUAUUCUAGCAAACCCGCRUGUUCCGGACAAUAUAUGGAUAUGGAUAUUAUGAUAUUUAGAUAUUUAGACAAUUCUCAUAAUUUUUGCAAAAGGCUGUAUAACCUAAGGAAUAUAUAUUACAAUAUAUUGUUGGUUUUUGUAAAUCUGUGAAACACACUACAUAUAAUUCUUUAUUUUGGACUCUUUUCUUAUGUCGUGAUAACAUAUCUUAGAACUGGAUAGAACUUACAAUAAAUUACAUUGCAGCUGCUAAGUUAAA